AUGUCUAAUCCACCGAGCAAAGUGAAACCGCCUACUCUAGCAUCGAUGUUUACACUGUUCGCAAAGUAUCGGCCAACGUUGAACUCGUUCCAAGGCGAUGGAAAACGCAUCCUGCUGUCGCAAAGUGAUUGCUGGAUGCAACAGGCCAACCUCAUCGGACCGAAACACUUUACACUCACCCAGACCGGGUUAACGUUCUUCGAGUUUAGGAAGUCUACGCUGGAUUACGAAGAGUACCUUCAAUUCCUCGCGAUGCUCUGCAACGAAAAGCAGCUAGAACUGGACGUGGUAAAGGAGAAGCUUACCAACUGUGGGCCUCCCGGUAUCAACUCAUGA